AUGGUGGAGGAAGAAGAGCCUAAGAUCUCUAGCUCGGAAGUCAGCCAGAUUACCUCCCCAGAGUCAGUGGACAUAGGCUCUGUUGGUAGUGGCGGCCAUCAGAAGGAGGACAUAGGAAUCCACAGUCAAGAAGUUAUUGAUGAAUCUCCGGACAGCCACAACCAAGAGCAGACGAGUGGUCAAGGAUACAUUGCUGUUGAAACACCGGAAAACAAUGAAGCUGAGAACUCGCCAUUCUGUGAUACCUGCCGUAAAAAAUUCAGCUCUGAGAGGGCACUUACCAGACAUGUUCAGCUUCACAAGACAUACCCAUGUAAAUUAUGUGAUAAUAUAUUCUUCAGGAAAGCUAAACUCAAGAAACACCUGGAAGAUCAUACACAAGACAGCUUGGCUUGUAAAGUGUGCUCAAAAGAGUGUACAUCCCUCCAGGCUCUUAUAUCACAUAUGAAAACUCAUACACAGAAAAAGAAAGUAAACAAAUGUAAUGUGUGCUCCAAAAUAUUUGCAAACAACAGGAACCUGAAAGUGCACAUGAGAACUCAUACAGGAGAGAAACCAUUUGUUUGUGAGAACUGUGGAAGGAGUUUCAGUCACCGUAGCAAUAUGCAAACACACCAUGACACCUGUACUGGUCAGUUCAGUCAUAGAUGUCAGAUAUGUGGAAGAGGUUUUGCUUUGGAGUCCGUUUAUCGCAGGCAUCUGGCUGAACAUGAAGGGCAUUACGCCCAUCACUGCUCUAUUUGUGGCAGAGGCUUUAGCAAAGCUUCUGGCCUACAAGCUCACUUAGCCACACACAACAGUCAGAGGCCUACUUAUUCAUGUCAGGUUUGUGGUCAGACUUUGUCAACACCAUCUAGCUAUUCUUCACACAUGGCCAGCCACACAGGUGAAGGUGGAGCAGUAUGCCCUGUGUGUGGCAAAACUCUGGCUAGGCGAGCUGAUCUUCAGGACCAUCUGCAUCGUCACACAGGAACCAAAACGCACACCUGCUCCCUCUGUAGUGCAACCUUUUAUUAUCGCUCCAACCUCAAUCAUCAUGUGAAAGGCCCCAUCAGUCACAAAACUCUUUAUAAAUGCUACAAUGCUCUCAUAUCACAUCACCUUUGGAAUUUUAUCAAAUUUCUUACUUUGAUAACAGAAACAAGAAUCGAUAACCACACUACCUUUACAAAAUUUAUUUUGUAUUACAGUAAAAAAAGGUCAUUGCUAGAAUACCCUUCAUAUCACUAUGAUACCCUUGUUUACUUCUGUAUACUGUUAGUAAUAGCAAACACCCACAAGAAAGGCUACAUAUCCAGUGUUAUCAGAGAAAUUUUGUUCAACUAUACUAGUCACCACACCUUACGCACCUAA